CAAAAACAAAUAUAAUAAAUAGGAAUAAUUUGAAAAUUAUAAUCAUUUCUUUAUUUAAAUACUUAUAUUAUUAGGAAAGAAAAGAUGAGCAAACCAAAUGCAUGUAAACCAUUGGCUUCUACAAAAACUCGUCUGGAUGAGCUCAUUUCUUGGAGGUUAAUCAAGAAAAACCCAUCAGGUGGAUUGAUAUGGGGAAUUUUUGGAGCAUCAUUAAUAAUUAAUAGUUAUUUUUGGGUUCAUUUUUUGAGGCGCAAAGAAUAUCAAGUUGACCACAAAAAACGCAUGUGGAAUGAACGUUUAGAAAUGCUUGAAAAUCCCGUUAAGAUGAAAUUAUAUUAUUCAUCUGAUGAAACAAAGCCAAAACCAUGUCAACCACUAAUUGAUGUUUACAAAAAAAUGCAAGAGGCAGAAACCAGCAACUGUCAGAAAUGUAAACGUGAAACUGAUCCUAAAAAUGAAUAAAUACAUUUAUUUCUUACCUGAU